GUCAUUGUUCACUUUGCCCAGUCAUAUACUCGGGACUGUCCGGUGCACCAUAAGCUCUGUUCCCUUACCUCCUUGAGUGACCACGCCGCGGAAUGUCUGAGCAGAAUGUCAACGACGCAGCUUCCACCAACGGUUCAGAGGACAAAGAGUUCGUUGUAGUUGAGCGCCCAACGGCCCGCGUAGUGCUGCCCACCGAUGUCGGAGACGAUACCGAUUCUGAGGAGGAAGUCAUAGAUGGCGAAGAGCUCGAGAGCGAUGUCGAUCCCCUAGCGGACUUUCCGGAUGACACAGAGGAGUUAGAGCUGGUCCACUCGCGUAUCAGCUCAUUGAACCAUCUCCGACUCGAGCGCUUCGCGAAACAUCUGAAGAAGCUCUGCCUUCGGCAGAACCAGAUAUCUGAGCUGGACCCCGCGACAUUCUCCCUCUUGACGGAGCUUGAAGAACUUGAUCUUUAUGACAACAAAGUUAAGCAUGUUGGACAGGCAAUUGACAAGUUGUCCAAACUUUCGGUUCUUGAUCUAUCGUUCAACUUAAUUCGACAAGUCCCCGAUGGCUUGUCGUCCCUUUCUUCGUUGCACACCGUGUUCUUCGUCCAGAAUAAAAUCUCGAAGAUUUCGGGCCUAGAUUCCGUAGGGCGCACACUUAGGAGCUUAGAGCUCGGCGGCAAUAGGAUCAGGUUUAUAGAAAACUUGGACAGUCUUGUCAAUUUGGAAGAGCUAUGGCUCGGAAAAAACAAGAUCACUAAGCUGCAGAACCUCAGCAGUUUGAAAAGUCUGAAGAUUUUGUCGAUACAGUCGAAUCGGAUAAAGAAGAUCGAAGGUUUAGACGGGUUAUCUAACCUUCAAGAGUUGUAUCUGAGCCACAACGGCGUCGAGAGGCUUGAAGGGCUGGAUAAUAACCCGCAACUUCGAACUUUGGACGUUGGCAACAACUUUAUCCCUGAGAUCGAGAAUGUCUCACACCUCACCUCGCUUGAAGAACUAUGGCUCAAUAACAACAAGAUCGACUCCCUGCAGGCUUUAGAACCUCAGCUAAAGAAAACUGAAACGCUGGAGACGAUCUAUCUUGAGGGUAAUCCAUGUCAACAAACAGAGAGGGCAGCCUAUCGACGGAAAAUCAUCAUUGCUCUCCCCCAAGUAACACAAAUUGACGCAACUUUUGCCAAGGCACUCUGAUAGUGUAGGAAAUACCAUAGUGGUAAGGCUUUUGGCGGAUGGGAAUGGUCAUUCGAAUUACUGUUUUGUAAAAUCGAUCAAUUCAAAC